AAUUGGAAAGGUUAGUUUAGAGUCCCUCUUUAGCGAUGCAAGUUUGGUAUAUUACUUUUUUAUAGACAAAGUUGAUGAACAAGCAAGGUCCCUGAAAUAGGAAGGUAUUAAAAUUGCAAUGUAAACCAUAGAAAUGCUUUAAAACCAGGAAAGGAAGAUACCAAAACCUCCCCUACCAAUCAACCUCUAAGAACCCUCAACUUAAAAAUUCCCUCCCUCCCUUCCUCUCUAAACUCACUCACUUUCUCUCCCUCAUAAAAUUCUCAAAACCCUCAAACAUUCUUUCCCCCCCAAUGUUCUCUUUACACCUCCUCCUCCAAUGUACUUCAAAAAACCCCAACGUGGCUCCGAGAAACGCACACACCCUCUCAUUUGGUUUGCUGCCAUUAUCUGCGCCAUCAUUGCCACCGCUGUCAUCAUCGCUGGGGUUGGUGUCUUCAUUGGAUACAUGGUUAUCCACCCGAGGGUCCCUGUUAUCGCCGUGGUCGAUGCCCAUCUCGACAAGAUUCAGAGUGACAUAGCUGGUUUGCUUGAAACCCAAGUAACCAUUCUGAUCAAAGCACAGAAUGACAACGCCAAAGCUCAUGCAAGCUUCUCUGAUACAAGCUUCAUAUUGAGCUUCCAAGGGAUGAUGAUAGCAAAACUGGUGGCAGAACCAUUUGAGGUGAAGAAGAAUGAUUCGGUGGAGUUCAACUACGUCGUUCCGUCAUCAUCUAUACCCCUGACUCCGGAUCAAAUGGACGAAGUGGACUUGGCUUUGAAGCAGGAUAAGAUUACGUUUGAUUUGAGAGGGAAUUCAAGGGCAAGGUGGAGAAUUGGUUUGUUUGGUUCGGUUAAGUUUUGGUGCCAUUUGAGUUGUCGGCUUAAGUUUCAUCCUUUGAAUGGAACUUACAUGAACGCACCUUGCAGUUCUAGGGCUAAAUAAUUGAAAUAAUAAUUCGUUUCCAUUUUUCUUUUCUUUUUUUUUUUUUUUUUUUGGGGGGGGGA